AUGUCAGCUGGACGUAAUUCUGAUGAUGGUGAUAGGGAUGACACUCCACAAUUAUCUGCUGAGGCGUUGAAUGCACUGACAGAAUUUUAUGCUGGAAUGAAUGCCUCUGAUAAGGUCACUAUUAAAGAAGAUUGGCAGCUGAGCCAGUUCUGGUAUUCAGAAGAGACUGCUUUAAAACUUGCUGAAGAAUGUGUAAGAAAUACUGGAGAUGGUGGAAGAAUUGCAUGCAUUUCAUGUCCAACACUUCUUGAUUAUCUCCUAAAUCAUGAUUGCGUAAUCUGUGAACGUGUCACAGUAACACUAUUUGAAUAUGACCGUCGAUUUGAGACGAAAUUUGCUAAAGAAUUUGUCCGGUAUGAUUAUCGCAAACCUUUGACAAUACCCCAGUUGUACCACAAUACAUUUGAUUUAAUUGUUAUUGAUCCACCAUUUCUGUCUGAUGAAUGCUUAAUCAAAGUAGCACAAACAGUACGACUGCUUUCUCGCGAUUCCACAACGAAAUUAUUAAUUUGUACAGGAUUAGUUAUGGCGAAACUUGUCGAAAGACUAUUUCACGCACGCAAGUGUAAAUUCCAACCUUCUCAUAAACAUAACCUUGCUAAUGAAUUCGCUUGUUACACAAAUUACGAAGCUGUUGUUUUGUGA